UCAUGCUGCUGCCAGGUCCCGAGUCUCUCUUGGGUCCCUGUACGGCCUCCCAUUGCUGCUGUCUCCAUCGCCACACUCUGCAUGUGCCACUUUCAGGUCUCCUCACACUGCUGCAGGGUUCCCAUUUUGUCAUAGGGUGCUGGCAGAUUACGGGCCUCCCAUUGCUGCUGCCAGGCCCUUAAUCUGCCAUGGGCCCCAGUACCGCCUCCUCAUGCUGCUGCCAGGUCCAGAGUCUCUAUGGGUCCCUGUACGGCCUCCCAUUGCUGCUGUCUCCAUCGCCACACUCUGCCCAUGUGCCACUUUCAGGUCUCCUCACACACUGCUGGUGUGUUCCAUUUUUUG